AUGGAUUCGGAAAUGGAAGAGACAAUCCCUUUUAGCCAAGACAAAGACAACCCAUUCACUACAAAAGUCAAGAAUAAAGAAUUAAAUAACCAAAGUGCAAAUAACCAGCAAGACCCAGCAGUACCCCAUCCCUCCAACACACCAUGGGUUGAUGGGGCACCAUCGUUCAGGGACCGGCUCCUCAAGGGACAGAACAACCAGACUGUAAACGGGUUCCACAUGAUCAAGGUCACAGUAAGGGAAGGAGAUUUAACAUACAGUGAAGAAGAUGGAGUCCCAUCAACCAUGUUCUCCGACCGGGUCAAGCACCAAAUGGUUGUGGCCAUGACAUACACGAUUGCCGUCAAACCUCUGGGCAAAGAAUUCAGGUAUGAUAGACUUUUCAAGAGGUUUAAAGGCAUGUGGAAACCAAAGGGGGACAUCAAACACGUGGAUACAAUCGAAGGAUAUCAUCUAUAUCGGGUCACCAACGAAGAAGACUUCUACUCAAUCCUCCUCAAUGCCCCCUGGUCACUAGAUGAGACAUACAUUAGGGUGCUCCCCUGGAAUAAGGGCUUUAAUUACAAGGAGGACAACCUCACUGCUGUCCCAACAUGGAUACGCAUCCCUGGCCUUCCGGUGGACUAUUUCCAUGAGGAUCUCCUGAGAAGCCUAAUAAAACCGUUGGGAAGAUACAUCAAAGCUGACAAGAAUACGCUAGCAGUGGAGAGGGGUAAAUACGCAAGGCUGACAGUGGAAUUAGACCUCACAAAGCCUUCGCUAGGAAAGACCAAAAUUGAUGGAAUUGAGUAUAACAUCGAAUACGAGGAUCUCCAAAAGAUAUGUUUCACGUGUGGCAAAUAUGGCCACCUGAAAAACGAGUGCAGCCUAACUCCGACGACAUCUCCGGCAACAAAUCCGAUGAAAACAGAAACUCUAAAGCCAACUUCCAUGGUGGGGCCUUCUUCAACGGAUAGUUAUGACACAGCCAGACCAACUCAGCACCUUCACAAACCACUAAAGACCCCAACUGUCAGGGAAUGGAGCCAUGCAAUUAAAAAGGAGAAAAGAUAUGUCCCAUCUCAAGGGCAAUCUGGUAACUUCUCUAAAACCACUCCUGUAGCAGCUAAAAAAGAUGUGCUUGUUAACCCUUUUGCAGCCUUAGCUGAACUGGAAAAAGACACACAUGAAGGGUCUUCAACAUCAGAACCCACAAGCCAAGCAAUUUUUAACUGGAAUAAAGAACUCCCGACCAGCGCCUCCACCUUCAUCCCAAACCAGAACUUUAACCAAGGAAAGGGACUCAAACCAGGGACCAAGCAAAGCAUGCCAAAAAAUGCUGGCCCAAAGAACAAAGCCCAUCAGCCCACAGUAGUACCCAGCAAAAGAAAACCUGAGCAGCAUGCCCAUGGAAGAACAUGGAUCAAAAAGUCCACCAAAGAAACCCCCCCAACCCGGGAAAUUCUCGACACCACAAAGCAUACAGUGGUUAACAUACCCCACCCAAAUCCUCAAACCCAAGAAAAAACAACUCCUACAAUACUUAACUACACAACCAACCCAGAAAAAGAUUCCUCACAACCAGCCAAACCCCCAGACUCCUACAAGACUUUUAAUCCACGCAAAACAGUUAAAAUCAAAACUCCAGGGUUGAACCUUGAACCAAAAGGCCAAUAUGACGAAACAAUAAUCUCUGAGAUGGAAGAGAGUGGUGCUCCACCCAACGACGAGACGAUGCUUCUUGAAACAGAGGAUCCAGGCGAUCCGCACAGAUCAAUGGCUGAGCCCGAAAUGGAGGAUGUUGAGCUGCCGCCGGACGCCGACAGGUAA